GCAGGCCUGAGUGUUGUUAUGAAGAGAGCCGCCCGUCUCAGAAACUACUUUCUACAAACACUGAAUCAAAAUUGAUUUAACUUUGAGCCCGCACAGACAAUCCACCUGAGGGAAUCAUGAAACUGUUCCUUUGCGCAGAGUUCGGCCUCGUCUCCAUCUGGGUGUUCAUCAACCUACUGCUGCUGAAGAGCGCACCAUGUGCUGGUGACUCCAGUGUUGUGAAUCCCUGUUGCUACUACCCCUGUCAGAACUCAGGGGUGUGUGUGAGAUUUGGCACAGACGGCUACCAAUGCGACUGCACUCGCACCGGCUUCUACGGAGACAACUGCACAGUUCCGGAGUUCUGGACCAGAAUUCGUCUCAUGCUGAAGCCCAAACCUUCGACGGUCCACUUCAUCCUCACCCACUUCCAGUGGUUCUGGGACCUCGUCAACAACUCUUUCCUGCAAGACACAUUCAUGAGAUUAGUGCUGACAGUCAGAAGCGACCUCAUUCCAAGCCCUCCGACCUACAACACCAAAUAUGGAUACCUCGCCUGGGAAUCCUACUACAACAUCUCCUACUACACCCGUCUCCUCCCUCCUGUACCUGAAGACUGUCCUCUGCCCAUGGGAACUAAAGGUAAAUCUGUUCUUCCUGAUCCAAAAGUGAUGGCUGAGAGGUUUUUCAGGAGAAAUAAAUUCAGGCCAGAUCCUCAGGGGACCAAUCUGAUGUUUGCCUUCAUGGCCCAACACUUCACCCACCAGUUUUUCAAGACAAACAACGAUGCUCAGGGGGGCUUCACCAAGGCUUUAGGACACGGGGUCGAUGCGAGCAACAUCUACGGAGACAACCUCAUGCGACAGCUUCAGCUCCGACUUCAUAAAGAUGGAAAGCUGAAAUAUCAGUUAGUAAAUGGCGAGAUGUACCCUCCUACAGUAUCUGAGGUCCCUGUGCACAUGGUGUAUCCUGAAGGUAUCCCUCCAGAAAAACGUCUGGUCAUUGGUCAGGAGAUAUUUGGCAUCCUGCCGGGUCUUACCAUGUAUGCCACCAUAUGGCUGAGAGAGCAUAACAGAGUCUGUGACAUCCUGAAGGCAGAGCAUCCCACCUGGGAUGAUGAGCAGCUUUUCCAGACCACCAGACUCAUCAUCAUUGGGGAGAUAAUCAACAUCAUAAUCGAAGAGUAUGUGCAGCAUUUGAGCGGUUAUCUGCUGAAGCUGAAGUUUGAUCCCUCUCUGCUCUUCAAAGAGCGUUUCCAGUACAGCAACCGCAUCGCUCUGGAGUUCGGCCACCUCUACCACUGGCACCCAUUGAUGCCUGACAGCUUUCUCAUCGAUGGACAUGAAAUCCUGUACUCCCAGUUCAUUUACAACACGUCCCUCCUCAUGAACUUUGGGGUGGAGAAGCUGGUGGAUGCCUUCUCCCGUCAACCUGCAGGACAGAUAGGUGGAGGUCGAAACUCACCUGAAAUAGUGGUCAAAGUGGCAGAAAUGGUCAUCAGAGAGUCUCGAGCAACACGUGUGAGGCCCUUUAAUGAAUACAGGAAGAGGUUCAACCUGAAGCCAUACACCUCUUUUUAUGAAUUUACUGAUGACAUGGAAAUGGCCAGAGGUUUAGAGGAGCUCUAUGGAGACAUAGAUGCUCUGGAGUUUUACCCCGGCGUCCUGUUGGAGAAAACACGUGCCAACGCUAUAUUUGGUGAGAGUAUGGUGGAGAUGGGUGCUCCCUUCUCUCUGAAAGGCCUGCUGGGAAACCCAAUCUGCUCCCCUGAGUACUGGAAGCCAAGCACCUUCGGGGGAGAGACUGGUUUUGAUAUCAUCAAAACAUCCACUUUGAAGAAACUGGUGUGCCUCAACACUAAGUGGUGUCCAUACGUCGACUUCCACGUUCCGCGAAAUGAGGAGGCGGCAGAACCAAAGAAACCAUCCACUGAACUGUGACACGUGUUCACCUAAUGACCCAUGAUUGUUUUACUCACAGUCAAAUUGUGACUAUGCUGCCUGUGAGUGUGACAUACUGUGGUUGUCAAAGUGCUACAUGUUGUUGUCAUCACCCUGUUCUGAUGUAUUGCUCUCAUAAAGAAAAGAAAAUUUUGAUUGCUAACUCACUGUUUUUUUUAAACAGGUCUACCUCCUCAAAUACAGCUGACAAAUCACUCGCGAAACCAAUGUAUCAUUACCAUUUGGAAAGAAAGUUCUUCUGAACCACGGACAGAUACACUUUAAUUUGCUAAUGGUACAGCUCAAUACUUUGAAUAUUUUGUUCUACAUUUUCUCGGUGUGGUUAUCCUCUUCUUUUAUUUUUAGAGUGGAAUUAUCACAUCAGGCUACAUCUUCCUGAGAAUCAUUUUUUUAAAUACCCAGCAUUCACCUGCUGAAUAAAUGACCUGUUUGCAGAAUAAAAAUGAAGUUACUGAAUCAUUAAUUGAUGAAAAUAAAAUAUAUUGCUUAUACAAA